CUACAGGUACAACUCACGUGUUCACUAUGUGUUUGAUUACAAAGGAUCCAUGAUAAUAGUGAAGAUGUUGUGCCAACCACGUGAUGGAAAUGCUUAUUUAUAACUGUGACUGUUAGUUCAGGACAGGAGUGUGAUACAGUUUUGCCUACUUGUGAAAUGGACCAUCAAUAAAACUGCUUUGCCCUUGCCCACUUUUUCAUCCUUGAGGUCAGCAUUUAAGUGGACAUAUUUAAUGCUCUGAUUUGGAAUAUUAUAAAUGGAUGUUUUUCCUUCAUACUGUGCUCAGCUCGAGAGAUGUCACUGUGAUACUGUUGAGAUGAAACGGGAGACAAAUUUUCUAUCUGAUUCUGGAAGUAAGAAACGAAAGCCUCCUUCAUCUGAUCUAGACAUUCUUGAACUUUCUUAUACAUCGGAUAGUGAUAGGGAGAGUGAGAGUGAUGGCGACAUGAGUGAUGAAUGCGAUUCUGAAAGUGUGGAAACUUGUGAAAGUCGUGCGAAGCAAUCAUUGUCCACAUCCUUUUUCGAAAUCUUGAAACAAUUGACCAUAGAGGAGCUGAAUGAACCAACUAGGCAAUGGCAUUGUCCGGCAUGCAGAAAUGCGCCUGGAGCAGUUGUCUGGUACAAAGGACUGAAAGAUUUGAUGCAUCAUGUACAGACAGAGAGUUCAAGGGUCAGUCAUCACAGAAAAUUAGCUGCAUUGCUGGAGGAUCCGCAUGGAACUUCAUUGUUAGCAGCUGACAAGCCAUUUGACAAUGGGAAAGGACUUCAGAAAAGCAGCUUAUGUCGACCAGUGGCUAAGCCGUGAUGUGAAGCAGAGUAUAAAAGAUUCCGCAAGCUGAGUUCUGUGUUGGCCAUGAACUGCCUCCCAAGCUUACAAGGAGCAGGCGGACUAUCUCCAGACAGCCAAAUAGGGCAAGAGAUCUGAACAUACCGUGGAACAAAAAAUUUGAUCUUCUCGCAGGAAUCUGAAGCACAGCAGAUAGAUCCAAUGUACAAGCUAAGCAGGCAGGCAGGCAGUCUAGAGAUACAGGAUGCUGAUCCAGAGAAGUCUACAACACCACAAGAACAAAACUUGAGUGUGCUCCAGUGCCUGAAGGAAUACUUUUUCUUUAUUAUCUAUUGUUCUGCAAACAUAGGAGCAUUACUGAACUCCAGUAGCAUUAGUUUUUGGAGUCAGAGAGUUAAUGCACCGUGUACAAUGGAAAAGUUAGGGGAUAAUGCCUAGGCAAUUGGUUUUUGGGAGCUAAAUGCGAGCAAGUUUGCGACCGGAGAGAUUUUUUUUUCCAAUUCUUGGGAAGGUUAAAACUUUGGGUGGUUCUUGUCGGAUGGGAGUUGGGUUAACGUUCGUGAAACAAUUACAGAUGAUGGCAGCGUUUUCCUCCAUA